AUGAAGAUCCGUAACUUCUAUAUCGCGCUGGGUCUUGGGGCCAGCCAGGUGGCUGCGCUGUAUCCUGGUGGCCCACGACUUCCGGGAAGCGUCAGACCUGUCCCAGUUCCAGACGAAGACGAGGAACCCGCGGCCGCGCAGAUUAGCAGCAACAUCAAGGCAUACAACAUGUCCGUGCCAAUUGACCACUUCCACAAUGAAACCAAAUAUCAGCCUCACUCCAAUGGCUCCUUCAACCUUCGUUACUGGGCCGACGUAUCCCACUACAAGAAAGGGGGCCCGGUCAUUAUCCUGCAUUCUGGGGAGUUCAGCAGUGAAGGGCGCUUGCCCUUCCUUGAUCAUGGCAUUGCCUCCAUUCUCACCCAGGCCACGGGCGGUGUUGGCAUUGUCUUGGAACACCGUUACUAUGGAACCAGCUGGCCAACCGAUAGCGCUACUACCGAGAACUACCGUUUCCUGACAACAGACCAGGCUCUUGCUGACACGGCUUUCUUUUCCAAAAACCUCAAGAUUCCGGGACACGAACAACUCAACCUAACUGCUCCUGAAACUCCUCAUAUCCUCUAUGGUGGCUCCUAUGCAGGAGGAUUCGUCGCUAUUGCUCGGAAGCUCUACCCUGAUGUAUUUUGGGGCGCCAUCUCCUCAUCUGGCGUCACCGUCGCAAUCGAUGACUACUGGCAGUAUCACGAAUCGACACGUUACUUUGCUCCCGGGGAGUGCUCGCCCACCAUUCAGGAACUGACCGCCAUUAUCGAUCAUGCCCUGCUCAAGGGGUCCCCCAGGGAUCAACUUGAAAUCAAGGAAAUUUUCGGGUUGAGAGACUUGUUUGAUGAUGAAUUUGCCAGUUACCUUUCAGACCAGUUGCCUUCUCUCCAAGGGACCAACUGGGACCCGGAUCUGGACGACCUGGGCUUUGGGACGUUCUGUGCCAUUAUUACCUCCGAUUCGCUUCUUUUUAAGAGCACAGAGUAUCUGUUAGAACGUGUUCGAUAUCAUGUCGAGGCGGCUGGUCAUGCCCAUGACAGCAGCAAGCCAUUGACAAUGCGCAUGCUCAACUAUAUUGGGUACAUAAAAGACAACGUCAAGCGAGACACGAGAAGAUGUAGAGGAAAGUCGCUGCGAGAGUGCUUGUCAGUCCGCUAUGAAAAAAGUACAACAGAGAUCAAUGAGAAUACUUGGCAGCGCAGCUGGUUAUACCAGACCUGCACAGAAUGGGGAUACUUCAUGGGCGGAGCUUCCACCCCCAAGGACCGUCUUCCUAUGAUUUCGCGAGCGCUUACGGCCAAGUUCGCCUCAUACAGAUGCGAGAGCUUCUUCAACAUCAAAUCUCGCCCGAAUGUUGGAAUUAUCAACAAGCAUGGCGGCUUCAACUUUAGCUAUCCCCGGGUUGCGCUAAUUGACGGUAAGCAGGACCCAUGGCGAAGUGCAGGUGUCCAUGCGAUUGGUUUGCCCAGCCGGCAGUCAACUCCGUCGGAGCCCUUUGAGCUCAUCGACUGGGGUGUACAUCACUGGGACGAGAAUGGACUAGACGUGAAGAGCCUCGGUCCCGACAGGUGGUCUGUACGGCCCAAGGCGAUUCAAGACAUACAACGAGACGAAGUUGAGAUUGUGAAGCAAUGGCUGAGGGAGUUCGAGAAACCGCGUCACGCUAGAUCUGGACUCGAACUUUGA